CCCAAUGGCGUAGGAGACAGGAACGUUGAGCUCUGCGCUUGGCUUGGCAUGUUUUGCAGUAUCAGCUGAUGGACUUGAUGAACUCUCUUCCGUGUUGUGAAAAAAAGGAAAGAGGGAUAUAAGUGCCGCCGUGGAGUUCGUACCGUGGCAGUACGUCGUGUCGCGUCGUCAACGUUGUAAUAUGCCGACGCGUAACGUUGCCAUCGAGGUAACGGCGCCGAACAGAUCCCUCCGUUUUAUCAGCUCAUCUCCACUAAUCCGCUGUCAUCGUCAGGGAUAUUAAGUUGUGUUUUGAUUUGAUUCGCUCAACGCUCGAGCAAGUGAGAGUAAGUGAGAGGGACGGGAGAAGGAGAGAGGAAGGAGUAGAGAGAGAUAGAGUGAGAGAAUACUUAAUAUUUAAAUAAACAUGGGAGGUGCUGUAAGUUGUGGACAAGACAAUGAUGAAUUAGUGGAUAAUUUAAUGGGAUCGGGAUAUAUCAGAACAAAGAAGGUUGAACAAGUUUUUAGAGCUAUAGAUAGAGCAAACUAUGUUUUGCCUGAAUAUCGAGAAGGCGCUUACAAGGAUUUAGCUUGGAAACAUGAAAAUAUACAUUUAUCAGCUCCCUGUAUAUAUAGUGAAGUAUUGGAAGGACUAAGUUUAGAGCCUGGCUUAAGCUUUCUGAAUCUUGGAUCGGGUACUGGUUACCUCAGCACAAUGGCAGGAUUGUUAAUAAAACAACAUGGAAUAAAUCACGGAAUUGAAUUGCACGAAGAUUGUUUAAGUUACGCGUACAAAAGGUUGGAGGAAUUCAAGGAAACGUCAUUGGCUUUAAAUGAGUUUGAUUUCUGUGAACCUGUAUUUAUACAAGGAAAUUGUCUUAGCCUUAUACCAGGUAGACAAUACGACAGAGUAUAUUGUGGUGCAGCGUGUCCUGAAAGUCACGAGGCAUUUAUUAAGCAAUUCGUACGCAUUGGAGGUAUAUUAGUAAUGCCUUACAAGGAUGAAUUGCUACGUUUGCAAAGAGUGGAUGAGAAUACAUGGUUGCAGAACACAAUGCUUCCCGUAUCGUUCGCGACUCUAGUCGUACCUCCGUCCUCGGAACACAAUUUGUUUCAUCUGCCGGAGUACAAUCCCCUAUCUCUACAAGAGCUGUGUCGUGGUAGAAUCCGACAUCAUCUACGUCACAAUAUCUGGAACGAGCACCCCGAGCUCGAGACUGUGAAGCCCGUAGCACCAAUACAUCAAAGGCAGACUGAGCAACAAGAUACCCUCAGACGUUUUGUAAUACCUAUUUUUGACUCUGACGAUUUUACCGAUGAUGAGGAAGAACUUGCCGGGCGAGCGCGUUUCUUAUUAAAUGCGCGUCUCGCUGAUGUUCAGCCUGGAGAAGCUAUCACGACGAGCUUGCAAUUGGUACGAGCGGUCGUACAACCGAAUCAGAACGGUGAAGAUAGUAGAGAGACUCGACGGAUUUCGGACAAUACCCACGAGAGUACUCGAGAUAUCGGUGUGAAUACGGAUUUCCCUGUACGUCAGCAGAGACGGAAAUCCAACGCGAAAAACACUGUUUCAAGUAUGAGUAUGGAUGAUACGAGUGCGGGUCACAGUUCCUCUGUAGGCACAGAUACGAACGACAACAACAACAGAGCGGAGGAGCGAAGUAAAAGAAACGCGGAAAAAUCCAGCGUGGCCACAUACUCCAACAUGAGCGAUAGCGACAGCGACAGUGACGGUGAGCAAGAGAGCGUUUUCAUGCAACGCAAGAAAAUUGCGAAGCGCGAAAAAACGGACAGUGGUAUAGUGGACGAUGCAAAUUUCAGCAAUGAUGAAAGUAGCUCCAGUUCGAACACUAAUCACUCUGAUUCUGACAUCACCGAUACUACGGAUGCGGGUGACGCAAUGGACGUAGAUUUACCCGAGAUCGCGAUUUAUAAGUCGUGCAGCGACGCGUGCUGCAAGCCAAAAUAUCAAAUCGGCUCUAAUACCGGCAAAAAAGUAACUGUCGCGCACUAUGUAGAUAGCAAGGCGUUUGCCGUUUACAUGAAGGAAAAGAUAGGACAGUUACCAUUGCCUUUCUCAAUAAAGUUGUAUAUGAAUUAUAAUCGGAAAUUGUAAGCAAAUAAUCGUUAUAUAUUAUUCUUAUUUAAAGAAAUACAUACAUUUUUAUUACACAA